GUUGAGGUCGCAUUUAGAGGUCACUAAAGUAUAAAUAUUGAAGUUUUCACGUUGUCAUCAAAUGCGAUUUUCAUUCGACAUUCACUGUUUUUCUUGAAGAAAAUCUAUAAGUGAGUGUGAACAUGUCAGGAGUUUUGACCGAAACAGUGGAACCCAGCGACCUAAAAAAAUUCGAGAAAAUUUACCACGAACAGCUGUACAAGAACGAUGUAACUCCUAAGGCUCAAUUCGAAUAUGCUUGGUGUUUGGUUAGGAGCAAGUAUCCUGCCGAUAUACAGAAAGGAAUAAUCCUGUUGGAGGACUUGUACAAGACACACGAAGAGGGACAACGAGACUAUCUGUACUAUUUAGCAAUUGGGACCGCAAGGUUGAAGGAAUACACCAAAGCUCUCAAUUAUGUUAGGUCAUUUUUGUUAAUUGAACCAGGUAAUCAGCAAGUCAUUAGUUUACAACAAACAAUUAAGAAGAAAAUGGAGAAAGAAGGUUUGGUGGGAAUGGCUAUGGCUGGUGGGGUUGUUCUUGCUGUGGGUGCCAUAGUUGGUGUGGGAAUGGCUAUAGCUAGCAAAGUUAAGUCUUAGUACUUCCCACGUAUCAAAUGUGAUAGUGUUACCAUUUUUACUUGUACCAAAUUGUAUUUUUUGUGUUUGUUUUGUGAUUACAUGAAUCAUUGUUA